GGUUGCCAUUCCCCCUACAAGGAUGCAAAAGGCCGGGAAGGGGGACCCCAGAGUUCAGAAUUCCAUGGAAGGAUAGAGAGAGAGAGAGAGAGAGAGAGAGAGAGAGAGAGAGAGAGCCUCCACAGAACGAGCAAAGGGAAAAUCUACCGGGGGGAAAAAAUAGGAGCAAGUAGGUUACAGAAAGCGGAGACGACGAAGUCACGAAGAGAGUUAGAUGGGAGAUUCCCAACCAUCGUUGAUGAGGGGUUUUUGCUCAUCUUGCUCUACAGGUUGCUGGUUCAUCGUCAAAGCUACGCUCUACUGAGUAGUAGAAACUGGCCCUUUGCUUCCAGGGUUUUCAUAGGUGCGGCCGAUGACAACUAUGGACAUGGGCUGAAGCUUGUAAUUGUUCGGUUAUGACUUUGUUGGCUUGGCGAUUAUCUAUUCGUACUUAAUUACUUCAACAGCAUUUUGCUAUUAUUGGGUGCGGUGAUGGAUGAUAAUGGACACAGGGAAAAUGGAAGGCAUAAGGCAGAUCAUUAUAAAUCAGUUCACGCUCAGUGGAUGAUGCCUCAACAUCAGAUGAAAGAUGGUCAUACCAUGAAGGUCAUGGCCAUCCUGGCGGAGCGCGACAAUGCCAUUCAAGAGCGCAACUUAGCACUCGCGGAGAAGAAGGCUGCUCUGGCUGAGAGGGACAUGGCUAUUCUCCAACGCGACGCAGUCAUCGCCGAGCGAAACACUGCUAUACUGGAACGUGACAAUGCCCUCGCGGCAUUAGAGUAUUCUCGCGAGAGUAGCUUGAAUGGUGACAAUAGUGCUGGAUGUCCGCCAGGAUGCUCCGCUCCUCGUGGAACGAAGCACUUCCAUCAGCAUCUACAUCAGCAUCAACAUCAACAUCAACAUCAGCCACAACACCUGCAACAUCCUCCAGCACAGUUAUCCGACAACCCGUACAUUCAUGGAAGAGAGAUGCAGGUAGCCGAGGCAUACCCCAUCUCCGCCGCUUCUGACGGUGUCGUAAAGAUUAGAAAACCGAAGCGUUCAAGAAAGGAGUCAAAAGCUCAAGCUUCUAAUCCAACGAAAAAGGCGUCGAGGAAAGGAAAGAGGGCCGCUGGUGGCGAAGAUUUGAACAAGCAAAUAACGAUAGCGAAGCCGCUGAAUCAGUGGAGGGGUAAUGCUAUUGGUGGCGGAGAAGAUCUAAACAAGCAGGCUGUAGUUACGAAGCACCAUGAGUGGAAGGGCCAGGAUCUCGGUCUCAACUUGGUGACGUUCGACGAAUCGACGAUGCCGUCGCCUGCAUGCUCGUGCACCGGGAAAUUACAACAGUGCUACAAGUGGGGGAGCGGUGGAUGGCAAUCAGCCUGCUGCACGACGACGCUUUCAAUGUAUCCUCUCCCGGUAAUGCCGAACAAGCGGCAUGCUCGAGUUGCCGGGCGUAAAAUGAGCGGCAGCGCUUUCACUAAGCUGCUUAGCAGAUUGGCAGCAGAAGGCCAUGAUCUGUCUGCUCCACUUGACCUUAAGGAUCACUGGGCUAAGCAUGGAACAAACAGGUACAUCACUAUCAAGUGAAUGAUAAUUAUCAGGGUUUCUAUAAUUCUAGAGUUUAGUGUGAGUAAAUGGAGCUUUAAAUGGUUGACAUUUUUUGAUGUGUUGGGACUUUUUUGGGCUAAGUUUGGGCUUUUUACCAACAGGAAGAACUGAUUUCUCUCAUGAGUAGGAGGGAUAUAAGUAGUGCUAUUGGGUAGUUAUAAAAAAUCAGGCCUUCUGUUUUGAACAUGUCUUCUUUCACUGAAGCCCUUAUAAUAUGUAAUGUUUUAAUGAAUGUAAUUCAUUUCUUCAGCAAAAACUGAAGUUCUUUUUUUA